AACCAACGGGAGAGAUCAGAGUCAGAGAUUCUCAGUGGUCAGUCUUCCCAGAGUCAUCAAACAGACCUGGCCUCCAUAUUCAGUUUGCUUGAAGAGAAUAUUAUGACAUUUGUGAAGAACGAGUUGAAGAUGUUCAAGAGGAUUCUUAGUCCAGAACUCCCAGAAGGCUUUGAGAGUCAGAAGCAGGAUAAGGAAGUGGUGGAUGCUGAAGAUGAGAAGCAGGAGAGCAGUGCCAGAGAGGGGGCUCUGAAGAUCACACUGCACGUCCUGAGGAAAAUGAACCAGAAGGAGCUUGCUGACACACUGGAGAAAUAUUCAGAUGAGCUUGCUGUGAUUUGCCAACGUGAACUCAAAUCUAAUCUAAAGAAGAAGUUUCAAUGUGUAUUUGAGGGGAUCGCUAAACAAGGAAACCCAACACUUCUCAAUAAGAUCUACACAGAGCUCUACAUCACAGAGGGUGGAACAGGAGAGGUCAAUAAUGAACAUGAGCUGAGACAGAUUGAGACAACAACCAGGAAACAAGCAAGACCAGAGACUGCAAUCAAAUGUAACGACAUCUUCAAACCCUUAACUGGACAAGACAAACCUAUCAGAACUAUGCUAACAAAGGGAGUCGCUGGCAUUGGAAAAACAGUCUCUGUGCAGAAGUUCAUUCUGGAUUGGGCUGAAGGAAAAGCAAAUCAGGAUGUCCAACUUGUAUUUUCAUUCCCUUUCCGGGAGCUGAAUUUGAUGAAAGAGGACAAACACACUUUCAUCGAACUUCUCAAUCACUUCUCAAAGGAAGCCAAACAAUCAGGAAUCUCCAACUACAACAAGUACAAAGUUCUGUUCAUCUUUGAUGGUCUGGAUGAGUGCCGACUGCCCCUAGACUUCCAGAAGAACAAGAUCUAUUGUGACGUCACAGAGUCAACCUCAGUGGAUGUUCUGCUGACAAAUCUCAUCAAGGGAAAUCUGCUUCCCUCUGCUCUCCUCUGGAUAACUACCCGACCUGCAGCAGCCAAUAAGAUCCCUACAGGAUGUGUUGACCAGGUGACAGAGGUACGAGGGUUCAAUGACCCUCAGAAGGAGGAAUACUUCAGGAAGAGAUUCAGUGAUGAGGACCUGGCCAGCAGAAUCAUCUCACACAUAAAGACAUCAAGGAGCCUCCACAUCAUGUGCCACAUUCCAGUCUUCUGUUGGAUUUCUGCAAUAGUCCUUGAACACAUGCUGAAACAUAAGAGAGAAAAGAUGCCCAAGACUCUGACUGAGAUGUACACACACCUUGUGGUGUUUCAUACCAAACAGAAGAAUAAAAAGUAUCUUGGGAAAGAAGAGACAGGUCCACACUGGAAUAAAGAGAGCAUUCUGUCACUGGGAAAACUGGCUUUUCAACAGCUUGUGAAGGGCAAUCUGAUUUUCUAUGAAGAAGACCUGAAAGAGGCUGGCAUUGAUGUCAAUGAAGCCUCAGUGUACUCAGGAUUGUGCACACAGCUCUUUAAAGAGGAAUGUGGGCUGUACCAGGAAAAGGUGUACUGCUUUGUUCAUCUGAGCAUUCAGGAGUUUCUGGCUGCUGUAUAUGUGUUCCUCUCAUUCAUCAACAACAAUGAGAAUCUAAUGGACAAACUGAAAACAAAGUCCAGUAUCCUUUCUUUGUUGUUUAGAGACAAGUCUGAAGUUAAUGUCUACAAGAGUGCUGUGGAUAAAGCCUUACAAAGUGAGACGGGAAACCUGGACCUUUUCCUCCGCUUCCUUCUGGGCCUGUCACUGGAGUCCAAUCAGAAGCACUUACGAGGUCUACUGACAAAGACAAGAAGCAGCUCACAGACCCAUGAAGAAACAGUCAAGUACAUCAAGAAGAAGAUCAGGGAGAAUCCCUCUCCAGAGAGGAGCAUCAAUCUGUUCCACUGUCUGAAUGAACUGAAUGACCAUUCUCUAGUGGAGGAGAUCCAAAGAUACCUGAGAUCAGGAAGUCUCUCAAAACCCAACCUGUCACCUGCACAGUGGUCAGGUCUGGUCUUUGUGUUGCUGACUUCAGAAAAGGAGCUGGAUGUGUUUGACCUGAAGAAAUAUUCCAGAUCAGAGGAAGGUCUUCUGAGGCUGCUGCCAGUGGUCAAAGCCUCCAGAGCUGUUCUGCUGUCAGGCUGUGGAGUCACAUGGAAAGGCUGUGCUUCUCUGGUCUCAGCUCUGGAGUCAAACCCCUCACACCUGAGAGAGCUGGACCUGAGUAACAAUGACCUGAAGGAUUCAGGAGUGAAGCUGCUCUCUGCUGGACUGGGGAAUCCCCACUGUAAACUGGAGACUCUGAGGCUGUCAGGCUGUCUAGUCACAGAGGAAGGCUGUGCUUCUCUGGUCUCAGCUCUGAGGUCAAACCCCUCACACCUGAGAGAGCUGGACCUGAGCUACAAUCACCCAGGAGACUCAGGAGUCAGACUGCUCUCUGCUGGACUGGAGGAUCCACACUGCAGACUGGAGAAACUCAAUGUGGAACAUGGUGGAGAGAACAGAAUGAAACCUGGGCUUAGAAAAUAUGUCUGUGAUCUCACACUGGACCCAAACACAGUAUACAGACUCCUCUCUCUGUCUGAGGAGAACAGAAAGGUGACAUGGAGGAGAGAGGAGCAGCCGUAUCCUGAUCACCCAGAGAGAUUUGAGGACUGUAGACAGGUGCUGUGUAGAGAGGGUCUGACUGGGCGCUGUUACUGGGAGGCAGAGUGGAGUGGGAGAGAGGUUGGUAUAGGAGUGACAUAUAAAGGAAUCAGCAGGAGAGGAUGGGGAGAUGACUGUUGUCUUGGAUACAAUGACAAGUCCUGGAGUCUGUUCUGCUCUGACUACAGUUACAUUGCCUGGCACAAUAAUAAUCCCACUACCAUAGACGUCCCCUCCUCCAGCUCCCACAGAGUAGGAGUGUAUCUGGACUGGCCAGCCGGCACUCUGUCCUUCUAUAGAGCCUCCUCUGACACACUGACCCACCUGAUCACAUUCACCUCCACAUUCACUGAGCCCCUCUAUCCAGGGUUUAAUGUUGAUUAUUUUGACUCCUCAGUGUCACUGAAAUAAUAACCUGACACACACACUCACACACACCUGGACAC